CGCAACGGACUCGGAUCUUGUAAUUGUUGAGGCGGACCCGGGGGAAACAAUUUUUACGAACCGGUCCGACCCGGCGCCGAGAGGAUUAAAGUGGCUUUCCACCGACGUCACUUUGUGCUUGCCAAAAAGCGAAGGUGAGGGGACGGAGGGAACGAAAAGCGAGCAAUGGGGAAGGAGGAGCUUACAGAGGAGCAGGUGGCGUCGAUGCGAGAGGCAUUCACCCUGUUCGACGCGGACGGGGACGGCCGGAUCGCUGCGUCCGAAUUGGGGAUCCUGAUGCGUUCCCUGGGCGGCAACCCCACGCAGGCCCAGCUGAAGGAGAUCGCCGUCUCGGAGAGCCUCACCGCCCCCUUCGAUUUCCCCCGCUUCCUAGACCUCAUGCGCAAGUACCUCCGUCCGGAGCCCUUCGACCGCCAGCUCCGUGACGCCUUCCGCGUCCUCGACAAGGACGCCACCGGCACCGUCGCCGUUGCCGAUCUCCGCCACGUCCUCACCAGCAUUGGCGAGAAGCUUGAGCCCGACGAGUUCGAUGAGUGGAUCCGCGAGGUGGAGGUCGCCCCUGACGGCACCAUCCAUUACGAGGACUUCAUCCUUCGCAUGGUCGCCAAGUGAUCCACCGAUCCCAUCCCAUCCAAUGACUUCUGGCCCAGAGUUUCUUUUCCAACCAAAAGAAUUGGCUGAAGAGCUGCGCAUGAAUGAAUGAGUUGGUUGUAAGUUGUGGCUUUUCUCCAGCAUUAUGUCAAACAUGGUUGUUCUAGCAAUACUUUAAUUAACAUUUUAGUUUCUUAGGUGGUUGACUCUUCAAGUGAAUGUCUUGAAGCCGAUUGUGUUUUACUGACUCGUGUUGUUUCUAAUGUAUCUGUAGCUUUUUGCAUGUGGUGACAACUAAAUAGUUAUGCAUCAGAGUUGGGAACCUUACAUUUGCA